AUGCCUCACCCCAGUAUGUCGUCAGCCUCAAAUAGCCUUCACUCCGAUAUGAACGGCAAUAACACCACUACAGCAACAACAACAUCUUUGAAUACAAACCCUACGGCAACUACUCCCAACACGACUACAAACAUGAUCAAUAAUAACAACAGCACUACUACAACGCCCAACAAUAAGCACCACAGUAAUGUAACUGCUGAUGAAGCUCAACGAUGCUUUCCUCAUCAUUUGCACCACGUCCACCAUAGAUCAAGAUCCUCCUCAUCGGCAGCAGCUUCCUCCCGAAACCGAUCAGCCAGUAAUGCCAGCGUUACUACUACCAACUCCUCAUUACCACCAUUACCUCAAUCAUCAUCAAUGUGUUCCUCCUCAACUAGUCCUGCUGCUUCUGCUACCUCCUCUAGCGUUGCUUCUUCUUCCUCAGAAUCCAAUAUACCAAGCUGUGCCUCCUCGUCCUCCUCGUCUGCUCACUUACCCUCUUCCUCUGUACCAACAUUGCCAUCCUCCUCUUCUUCCUCGACGACAACUCCUCAACAACGAGUCGUGCCAAUCAUCAGUCCUCAACCCUCUCAAUGCCAUCCAGCUACCGCAGCAAUGACACCUCAGUCCCUCAAUCUCAUGAACCCAACAACACCACAACAACGCAUCACCAUUGAAAAGCUCCUUCUCAUCCCACCAGAAAGUGUUCAAUCGCGCAAUUCAAAACUCUACGAUUUACUGAUUCAACUCAGAAGACAGUAUUUAUGGCAAGCAGUUACAACUCCAAUCGUUACAACAAACGUGAAUGAUAAGGAUGGUGCUAUGCAUCCUUUAGAGAGGAUGAAGCAAGAGGAUGCCAUGGUUUUUGCUUCUCAUAUCGAUGAAAUUUGUAAUUGUGUCAACAAGUUGUUGGACGAACUCAACGAAGAGGAGUAUGAGCUGGGUCUGAACAAUCAUAACCAAGGCACUGGAUACAGAGUUCGUUGGUUACAGGAAGAAGAGCUGAAAGCAAGAGCAAAGAUCAAUGCAGUUUCCGCUCCAAAUGAAGAUUCUGAGUGCGUGGUUGAUCCCAUGCAUGAAGAUGAAGAAUUUGACGAAGAAAUUGAAGAAGACGAAGGAGUCGAAGGAGAUGAAGAAACUUUAAAUUGUGCUCACAACAAUAACAACACUCCUGUUACGUCGACAUCUUCGUCAAGUGAGGAAACUCCUGCUCGCACAGCCCAUCACCAGCUGUCCACAUCAUCUGCUCCAGUAGUCCAGCAACAUCAUCAUAACGUUGAACAAACUGAUGUCAUCAACACCCCCUCUGAACAGCAACAAGAUGAAUACGAUGAAGAAGCAGAGGAUUCUGAAAUGACUGACAAUGAAGAGACAGAAUCGUCAGCAGCAUUAUCAUCCAACAACAUAAACGCACAGUCUCAGGAUGGCUCUAAUACAAAACUCCAAGAGUUCUUCCGUCAACUUGAAACUGUAGAACCAAUUCCAAAUGGUAAACUUUCCUUCUUCCAGAAUCAUCAUCUGGUGGUUGGAAAAUUUGACAGACAAGCUCUUGUGCAAAAUAACACACUCUCAUGCACUGUCAUGAAGAAAAGUACACUCAACGUUGUUGUACACAGAAGAUGUACACGUCUCAGAAAUGACACUGAUGUAAAUUCGAGAUUUACUCCUUUUGAUGCAACAAGUGGUAACUAUCAUGACAGAAGAAUACUGAAAAAGCAAGCAUUAGCCAAGUCAGUUGUUCGUUUUGCCAAAGUGAAAGUCGAUUUUGGAUCCAUUGUGGAACAAGUUCUGCAGUCGCAAAACCAAUACUCACUUCCUUUCUCAGCAAAUCUUUUGAGCGCUUUAGGAACCUUUUCAACCUCUAAUUCAACCCAAGCACAGCAACGGCAAUAA